AGAGACACGCACACAGGCAGUGCGCACAGAGAGGCACAGAGAGAGACGCGUGCACACACGCACUGACUGCUCCUGGAGAGGACACACACACACACAGUGGGGAAGAGAGACAGACAGAGAGAGUGUGUGAGAAAGAGGAGCAAGGAAAAGCUUUUAAUAACGUGACACCGCGCAGCAUCUCUGGACAAAUCGAAUCCACACCGCUGGUCAAGGGGGAGAGACAGGAAACAGGAAGCCAUUCACUCCCACGCCGCUCCUCCAGCACUUACGUUUUGGUGAAACCACGCAACGCUCAAGAUGGCGAACGCUCUGACGACCACCUGCUAUGUGGUCCUGGCUGCCGUGGUGGUGGUGUACGCGCAGAGGAAAAGCCAGCUAGGGGCGCGUGUCCAGUACGAGCACAGAGACACGGACGUGACCAUGCAGUGCGGCACUCUGGCCAGCGAAGCGUCCGUCACGUGGAAGGUGAACGGCACGGACGUGAAGGCUGAGAGGCGGGAGGAGGGCCCGCAGCUCAUUCUCUUUAACGUGGACGUGAGUCACAACGGCCUCUACAGCUGCUUCCAGAACCCCAACGGAGAGCGCCGGGACCAGAUCAACCUCCGGAUAGGCACUCCCCCCAAAAGGCCUGUGGUGACCUGCCGAUCCAACACGUACCCCAAGGGCUUCUACUGCAGUUGGCACCUCACGCCCCCUCCAGACAUCCCCACUGAGUUUGAAGUCAACGUGGAACACAACCUGCGGGUUCUGGAGGUCGAGAGAGACACUGUCCACAAGAACCGGUGUAAAGUCAAGUUCCCGGAGCUCUUCUCGUCGGUUCCGUAUCGAGUGAACGUGACGGCCAUAAACGCCCUGGGCAGUGCCUACACGGUCAUCUCCUUCGAGGAGUCUUCAAUAGUGAAACCUGACCCCCCAGAGAAGGUGGUGGUCACCCCCAUACCCAACCGGGUCCAGCGCCUGGAGGUCACCUGGAACAACCCGUCCACCUGGCCCGAUGUGGACAACUUCCCCCUCAAGUACUUCCUGCGCUACCGGCCCCUCAUCCGGGACGAAUGGCAGCAUGUGGAGCUGACGGAGACCACACGCCACACCAUCACAGACGCCUACGCGGGGAAGGAGUACAUCAUCCAGCUGGCAGCCAAGGACAUGGAGAUCGGCACCUGGAGCGAGUGGAGCGUCGCCGUCUACGCCACGCCCUGGUGGUACGAGCCCAAGCCCAUCACCUCCACCACCGAGGCCGAGGUCAUCAUCGAAAACUGCUCGACAACCCCGCCUUCAGCCAAGCCUGAGCACCGAUUGGCCGCCGGAGUUCCCGCCCUUUUUUCAUCACCCCACCUGCUUCUAGCUUCUCUCCUGCUGUUUAUCAUGUGAUGUAUCUGUCAUUCCUGUGGAAGAAAUUGAGGGAAAAAAACCCUUCUAUUUCUAUUUUGCACAUGUUAAUGGAUAUCGUGCAUUGAUAAUUUAAUUCAAGUCUCUCACAAAUGAAAAAUAGAAAGAUUAAUAAAUGAUGAAAACAAAAAAAAGAUCAACAACAACACAUCAACUUUCCGCAACAACCACAAGAUCGACUGUAAGAACUAACAGUGGAAUGUGCUCAGACACAGGACGUUACCCCAGGGAAGCAAAAGAUUUGGGGACAUGUGACUCAAAAGAUACUUUCUGCCCGGCAGCACAACAGCGACUUUUCAUCCUUUCAUAUUUUGAAAUCGACGAUUGUUUUUAAUCCCUUCAAAAUUCAUCCUGCGGUUUGCCAACAUUGUUUCUGUCCUCAUCUUGUUGUCAGCAACAUACAGCUAACUCAUCAUGCCAAAGACUUGUUCUUGGACAAUACAUGAAACAAGAGAAGAGCUCCCACGCUUCCCGAAGCCUGUGUCUGUGGACUGAUAACUUACAGUGAGCAGAAUCUAAAACAUAAAUAAAAAAAAGGAAAAACUGCAGCUGCAAAGAGGGAAAGAUGGAAGACUAACUCUGUGGAAUGAUGGACACCCAUUUUUGAUUCUUGAUUUUUUUUUUUCUCAUGUCCAGUGGUCACGGACACUUUCAUAUGUAGUCAUCACACACAUUUAUUUCAUACACACAAAACACACACACACACACACACACACGCACACACCCACACACACGCACGCACACACACGCACGCACGCACACACACACGCACACACACACAAACAAAACAUACGCACACGCACACACACACACACACACACACACACACACACACACACACACACACUUUCUUUUGUUCUUUCUAUCAGUUCAUUGGAAGCAAUUCAUUGCCAUCACCUGUGCUGGACUGUGUUUUCUAAAUCUGGUGAGCUGUGUUUGCUGAACCCUACUCUGUAAGCUCUGUGAACCAGUGCUGGUUUGCUUUCCAACUCCAUUGCCUUUAAACAUGUGUUUUUGCAGUUUACAUUUUAAUAGUCAAUAUCCCAACUUAAUAUUAUGUUAUUCAAUGAAUAUUGUUGUGCUUUAUGUUUUGUUUAUUAUUGAACAAAAUAUACAUAUAGUUUUUUUUCAAACAUUCAUAACUGCUUAAUUCUCCCUGAUCAUAUUUUGUAAACUAUGAUAUGUAUCUUUAACAUGAAAAGGUUUAUUAUUUAAUAAUGUAUGUAUUAGCUGUAGAUUCUUGUAACCUGUAUCUGGAUCCUUUUAUAGAUGUAUAUAAAAUGAAAGGUUGUUCAUUAAAUGUGACCAUUUCACAAUGA